AUGCCCUGCCCAGCAUGUCUCAAGAUAUCUCCCUCCCGUCUCAAGGAGCCCUGCGUACGUGUGCAACUUAUGACCCUGAAUCUCCAUCGCAGAGGUUCGACUCUGAACAACCACCUUCAAGAGUGGACCGAGACUAAACGUCUUCGCCAACACAAUCUUCCCCCAAACUUUCAGAAUGAGCCAGAUUCGCGGGUUGUUCGCGUCACCCAGGACCUGGGUGUCACGUUUGCCGUCACUGUCUUGAGGUUUGAUGCAGAUCCCCAAGACGUGACAGCAUGGAAGUGGAAGGCCGACUCCAUCCCUCGUUUGAUGGACAUGCCACCGUACUACAUCAGCAAUAUGACCGAAGCCUCCCAAAAUAUGCAACAAGCUGUGCGGAAAGGAAAAGAGGAAUACAUCAAUGGCCUACUUGCUGCCGCGAAUCCUAUUUCCAAAAAGACAUUUGAGGCGGCCUUCAGAUAUCUUGAAACUUCAAAAAGCGCCCUUGUGUCAAAUGCUUUAGAGUUCUGGGUUGCAACGCGAUUCAUAGAGCGUCCGUGGCGUAUCUGCGAAGGCAACCUACCAGGUUUCGAUCCCCCAAAUGAAAUUGGAUGUCCUUGGAGUGGCAUUGUUCCUGUGACCCCAGUCAUGGACACGCAAAUUGACCACAUCGCUAUAAGCUACCUUCUCAUACCUCUGGGGCAGAGAAUUCUGCAGGAAUUGGAUGAGAAAAUCCGCAAUCUCAAGAGAGGGAAUUGGUUCGAGAUCUAUCUGACCAUUUUCAUCAUGAUGAAUAACUUCGAAUUUGUAUUUGCUGAUGUGAUAGAUUACACAACACGGCAUGGAUUAAAGUCCUCAAAAAAUGGAGGUGACUCGCUAAGUCAAAGUUACUAUCACGCAUGCCAGACGAUGCUCAUCUACUUCCGCUUUGCCUGUAAUGGACAAGCGCCGCUUUCACUCACAAGGAAGAAGGAAAACACGCCAGUUCAGGGCCUGUCCUUCGAUCAGCACGAGUACCUUCAAGAUAUCAAGCACGAGAUAGACCGACAGAAACCCAAUCUGGAAGAUUCCAAAUCUGGUUCUGUGUAUCGAACACAAAUGUACUUGUGUUACAAGGUCGUUUCCAACGACUGGAGUCCGGACUUGCCCCACUCCGAACCUAUUGACAACUUCACCGAGCAGGAUUUCCUCACGUCGUAG